AUGUCCUUCUCCUCCUCCUCGACAUUACCAACAAGUUGGCAACAACACUAUUAUACAUCAUCAACAAUUGCGCCUAACAAGAAAUCCACUAAUUUUACAGCCAUUGCUACAACUGCUAAUUAUGCUAAUCAACCAGGCGUAUACUGCAAUCAGUCUGAUGAGAAUUUCUCUUGGAAUCAAAAUUAUAUUCAGAAAGAAGAGGAGAUGGAACAGUUGAAAAUAAAAGUACCGAGGAGAAAUAAAGGUGGUUUGCGACGAUACAAAACACCCAGCCCACAAUUGUUACGGAUGCGACGUCAAGCGGCGAAUGCGCGUGAACGACGGCGAAUGAACAAUUUGAAUGAUGCAUUCGAUAGGCUCCGAACUGUGUUACCAUCAGUAGGCACCGGUAGAAGAUUGUCGAAAUUCGAAACGCUUCAAAUGGCGCAACAAUACAUUGAUUGUUUAGCAGAAUUAUUGAAUAAACCACGAUGA